GUCUGCUGCAGGAGAUGCGCAACUUGGGCACCAACAGGGUGUUUGUGUUGGCAGUGCUUCUGGUCUACUGGACAGACUUUCAUAAGGAGCUACCUAGUCCUGAGUUGUCCACUUCAGCGGUGGCAAUCGCUGCCAUAUUACGUGGCAAGCCUGGCGAACUUGUCGCGCACUUCGGCCUCAAGUGCUCCAGCUUUACCCCGGUCAACCAGGCAACAAGUGGCCGAAGCCCUUGCGUGGCCAUUGGCAAUGUCUGCUUUCCAAGUGUGCGGGAUGGCAACGCACUCGCAUCGCGGGAAUACCCGGCUGAGUUUGGGUACAAGUUGGGGCAGAUCAUGAAGGACCUCAAGACACGUCACUUUGGAACUCCCGAGAGUCAGGGUGGUGUCCCGGCUGCGGAAGACACGUUUGCCGCGAUGGAGUUUGAGGACAUGUGGCCUGAGGCAGAUCUUGUCUCAGUGUGUCAUUAUGUCAGAGCGGGCAGCAACCUGCACAUACCUGAGAGCUUCCGAAGGGUUUUGCCUCAGAUCCUCUAG